UUUCUUAUCUAAAAAAAAAAAAAAAAUCUCCGAGCAAGAACAAAAAAAAAUAAGAAGGAAAGGAAAGAUCUGUGUAUCUCUCUAUAAUACCACCACGAGACUACUCCGUCAGAUACGAGAAGCUCCGUCUCGAAACCCUACCGAUUCCGAAUCUGUUAUCCCUCUCCCUCUCCUCGUAACGCCUUUUUCUCGUUUUUUUUCUUCCUUUUCUCCGAUUCACCGGCGUGGAUCUCCUCCGGUCACCGCGGAGAGAUAAUUUGGAUCAUGUACAAAGAGAGGGGAACGCGUGGAUCGAAGUCUGAGGUUGUGGAUCGGAAACGCGUAAACGAGGUUCACGAGAAUCGAGCGUCGUAUUCGAUGUCUCAUACCGUCGUCAAUGGAAAAGGCAAGGCAGCUUCGAACUCCGUCUCGAUUGGGAAGCAAUUGCAUGACCAGAAGAUUCGCGAUUCGCGUUCUGCUCCCUUCUCCAAAGCCACCAUUUCCGACGAUGUAGAUGUAUCAGAGACAGACAGCGAAGAGUCUGAGGUUAGUGGCUCUGAAGGGGAGGACACCUCGUGGAUAUCUUGGUUCUGCAACUUACGUGGCAACGAGUUCUUUUGUGAAGUUGAUGAUGAUUACAUUCAGGAUGACUUUAACUUGUGUGGCCUCAACCAUCAAGUUCCUUACUACGACUAUGCCCUUGAUUUGAUUUUGGAUGUUGAUUUCUCUCAGGGUGAGAGGUUUACAGAUGAACAGAAUGAAUUGGUGGAGUCAGCUGCAGAGAUGCUUUAUGGAAUGAUUCAUGCUCGUUACAUAUUGACCAGCAAGGGGCUGGCUUCUAUGUUAGACAAAUACAAAAACUAUGACUUUGGAAGAUGCCCAAGAGUUUAUUGUUGUGGACAGCCUUGUUUACCGGUUGGUCAAUCUGAUAUUCCUCGAGCAAGCACCGUAAAGAUAUACUGCCCCAAAUGUGAAGACGUCUAUUACCCACGAUCAAAAUACCAAGGAAACAUAGAUGGAGCAUACUUUGGGACAACGUUUCCACAUCUGUUUCUGAUGACGUACGGACAUCUGAAGCCGCAAAAGGCAGCGCAAAGCUACGUUCCAAGAGUGUUUGGGUUUAAGUUGCACAAGCCGUGAGGGAAAGAAAGAAGAGGAAGAAGCAGAGGUACAAGAGUAUCAUACGUUUUGAAGAAAGCAGGAGACUUGUGGAGACAAAAGAAGAAAAGAAUGCAUAUUUGUAUGACGAAUAUGGAACUAUUUUUUUUGUUUUGGUCCUUAGAUGGCUUGAACUACAUUAGCAUAUCCCAUGAAUUGGUAAAAGUAAAGUCUCAUAUUAGCAUUGUAAUGCCCCUUAUUGUUUCCGCUUCUACAGCAUUCGAAUUUGUUAAACACAAUUUACUCAAAUUGUUUCUAGCAAUGUCGCUGAAAGCCCAUUUAGG